GUGGAAGUUAAAGCUGGAGAACCUAUUAUGGUUGUUCCUGAGGAAGGUAAAAUCGUACAUAUUUCUCAGGCUGCUUUAGGUGAUCUAAAGGGGAAAGUAAAGGGAUUGAUCCCUCUUCGUGUGAAAAUUGAAGAAAAAGAGUUCAUUUUGGGAUCACUAUCUGCAGAAAUCAUCCCUCAUGUGACCUUUGAUCUCGUGUUUGAAAAAGAAUUUGAAUUAUCCCAUGAUUGUAAAAAUGGAAGUGUUUACUUCUGUGGAUAUCUUGAAGAAAUUAUGACUGAAGAACAUGAUGAUUUUCCAUAUGAUUCUGAAGAUGAAUCUUUGGAUUCUGAGGAUGAAUUGCCUGUAAAUAAUGAUGUUACAAAUGGGAAGUUAAGAUCUUCUAAACCAGUGAAGAAAACCAGCGAUGAUAGCUCUGAUGACGAUAUUGAUGAAUCAGACGAGGAUGAUGACUCAGAAGAUGAGGAGACACCUAAGAAGGUAACUGCUUCAAAGAUUCUUCCAGUCCCAUCUAAAAAGGCAAAAGCUAAAGGUGGCGACGACGACAAUUGCGGUUGUGGGCAUGCUCAUACAGCAGCAACUAAGCGAUCAAAACCAGCUGGAAAGACUAAUAAUCCUGCUAAGAAGGCCAAACAUGGUGGCAAAUGAAAGGAGGGUUCAUUAGUUCAAUUUUGGUAAUUCAAUUUUGUAUGUUUUGCUUGAUUUUCUAUGGUUGGAUCUAUAUGCGAUUUUAUUUGAAAAACGAUAACUGGGAGUAUCUUAAUUCUGAAUUUUGUAAGAAACAUUUAAACAUUCAUUGGUGAUUGUUUCUCUGAUUGAAACAAAAGUGUUCAAAUCAUUAAUUCUGUUCUUUCU